AUGCUCUCACAUCGGAAUGGCUCUGCCGCACUGCGUCUAGCAGUCAUCGGUCACAACUCUAUUCGUCAUGUCCACCCAGCACUUCUUUUGCGCCAGCAGGCGAAAGGCCUCGCGACUACUGCAAGCGACUCGGGUAGCACAAUGCCACCGAAUUAUGUGGCUCAUGUCGGGCAACUCAAGACGUUCACUUUGCCCGAGACGGCCGUCGGAUCUCCUGGUGACAUUCAAAUGGGGAAGGAUAUGAUCAAUGCGUGGCGUGAAGAUGCUCUCUUCAACAAGGCUUUUGCUGCUAGUAAACAGUUCUUUGCUAAACCUCCCAAACAAAAGGCUGUUUGUGUGGAUACUCAGAGCUACGCUGGCUAUAUUGCCUCUGGGGAGGAGAUCACAGAUGGUAUUGCUGAUUAUUCAGAGAUAUUCACAGUCACCAAGGACCUUCCUUUGGACGAGCCUCGGGUAGAAGCUAAGUGGCCUUGCCAUGGUCCUUGCCCCUGGCCGGAUAUUGAUAUGAAGGCCCCUAUACAACAGUAUAUGGACUCCUUAGGCGAUAGCGGGGAGACACUGCUGAAGAUGAUUGAAUACGGACUUAGUCUAGACCCUGGUACUUUGACUUCCUUGACCAAGGAUGGAUGGCACCAUCUCCGUACCUUGAGGUUCCCCCAAAAUAACAACACUAACGGCAGAGGAAAAGAUGGCCGCGGCAUUGGGUCUCAUACAGACUACGGUCUCUUGGUCAUUGCAGCCCAGGAUGAUGUUGGAGGCCUAUUUAUCCGGCCCCCCGCGGCCGAUGAGAAGCUGGAAAAUUGGAAGAAGAGCGCUGCUGGCUUCCGCGAAGACGAUGACCGUUGGGUCUAUGUGCCCCCUGUGCCUGGAGUCUUCACAGUAUUCCCAGGGGAUAUCAUGCAGUUCAUGACGAACUCGUACCUACCUUCCACACCCCACAAGGUCGGUCUUAAUACCCGCGAGCGAUUUGCCUUCGCAUACUUUCAUGAACCUAGCUUCCAAGCUGUGGUCUCCCCAGUUGCGAAGCUUUAUAACGGCAAGCCUCCCGACGAAACAAUCCACUACGGGACCCACUUCACAAACAUGUUCAUGAGGAACUAUCCUGAUCGGGUCACAACAGAGAGGAUUAUCGGGGAGGAUCGGUUGAAAUUGUUGGAUUUGCCUGAGCUAAGAACCCAGUAG